CUAAAAAGCAUGGGAAAGUUUCCUUUCCCUCAGUUGUUUUUUUUUUUCUGAUUAAGGGGCUCUGCGUCAACGCAAGUGCUCGUAGAACUCUCAGUGGCAGACUAUCCUCACACAUAUAGUAGAAGAUAUACAUAAAGCAGGGCUGACAGUGCAGAGGAUGUCCAGAGCUGAUUGGGGUUUUCUGGAGCACCUGUUAGAGGAGGGCCAGGAGUACUCGACAGGGAUUGGGCGCAUGUGGCUAACCGUGCUCUUCCUUUUCCGCAUGCUUGUGCUUGGCACAGCAGUCGAAUCUACAUGGGACGAUGAACAGUCUGACUUUAUCUGCAAUACCAAACAGCCUGGCUGUGUUUCCGUUUGCUAUGAUAAGGCCUUCCCAAUCUCUCACUUCCGUUACUUUGUUUUGCAAGUCAUCUUUGUCUCAACACCAACCAUUUUCUACUUUGGCUAUGUGGCCCUGAGAUUAAAAAAUGAAAAGAGCCAAGAGGAGAAGCCAGAAGUUGGUAGAAGACAAAGACAUGGAAAAAACAAUGACCAUAAGCUGGAUGUAAUAGUAGAGGAAGAUGAGGAAAAGGAGGAGAAAAAAGUAGUGAAGAAAGGUAUAGUUUCAGGACAUCUAAAGCUCAAAGGGAGACUGCUGUGUGCUUAUGCGACUAGCAUAGCUCUAAAGGUUCUUCUAGAAGUUGGCUUCAUUGUAGGUCUAUGGUUCCUUUAUGGAUUUGUAAUUGAGGCCAAGUAUGAGUGCCAAAGGUUUCCCUGUCCUCAUACGGUGGACUGUUUUGUCUCACGACCCACAGAAAAAACUAUUUUUACCAUCUACACACAGAUCAUCGCUGCAAUCUCUGUUCUCCUCAAUGUUGUGGAGCUUUUCCAUUUGCUUCAUCUAGCGGUAAAACAUCGAUUAGAGAAGAGAUAUCAGGCUGAAGAAGAGAUCAAUAAACUUAUUUGGAGGACUCGUUCUAGAACAGUACCAGCAAAUGCUCAGAUAGCAUCAUCUGAGGAGAGAAACAAUCUCUUUCUCCCCACAGUAAAUGAUGGCAACACUGUAUCAGGGUUAAACUGGGACAAGAGAGAUCCUCAUUUAGCAGAUAAUGUACUAAACUGCAUAAGCAAUAUGAAACCUACCAUAAAUAUCCACAAAAAACAUCAUAAGACUGACAGCAAAAACAAACACUCCAAACCAAAACAUUAUGUUUGAGGUGCAGAAAAUGUGAACCAGGUCUUCAUUUUGGGAGAAUACAAUGAGGGACUAGACAUAUGUAAAGAACCAUUAGUGGUUUACUGUCCAUUCGAGAGCCAUUUACUUUGUUUGGGCUGUGCUUUGGGAUGAACUGUCUUUUGUGAUCAGUGGCCAGAUACAGGGACCCUCUCAAACACUGAUUAGUUCUGAGAUGCUCAUGGUCAGGAAAUACUCAAAGCACUAAGCCCGAGAGAAACAAGAACAAUGGCUAAAAAUGUUGAAGCAAAGUGGUUGUUUGAAGUCAAGUACUGAAUAUAUGAUGCAUAUGGUACAGCAAAGAUACAUACCGUACUGUAUUUCAACUAUGUGCCAAUUAAUUGUAUCUCUUCUAUUUAAAAUGUAUUUAAAUUAAUUUUUAUAUUGUUAAUUGUAAUUCAUUCAAUAUUUAUUUUCUCAUGCUUUAUACUACUCAGUGUGUAUAACAUAACUUGCUGUAUAACAUAACUUGCCAUUUAAGCAUCUUUCAUUGCCUACUAGCUCACCUAUAAUUGCAAAAUGUGCAACUAUAUGCUAUGAAUGAUACAUAUUAAGUCCAAAAUUUAUUUAAAACCACACUUAAAAAUGUAAUAUUUAAAUAAGUAAUAUUUAAAGAUUUACUUUAUAUAAAUGACACUAGUUUUAACAUUUCAAAUUUUAUUAUAAAGUGGAUUAUUUUCCAAAAUUUCAUCCAAAAAUGGACCAGUACAAGGAGAUUUGAGCUAAGUCCUAAAUAUACACUAAAGAUAUACUGUCCAAAAUGAAGACAAAAAGGAUUGUUGUGACACUUUUUGUUUGUCAAACGUUAGUUGAACAUAGUGAAGAACUAUAUCUGCAGUUACACUGCUAGGACACCUGUGUGCACUUCAGGAGAACUGACUUCAGAUCUAAUAAAAAUCACCUUGACACCACUUUGUUAUAAGUCAUAGGAAAAAAUAUUAAGAAAUAAGAAGUUAGCUCUGUGAAAAGCUCUAACAUUAUUUGCUUGCUGUUAUAUAUAAGUGUGACUUAAAGGAAUAGUUCACGCAAAAAUGAAAACUCUCUCAACAUUUACUCUCACUCAUGCAUCCCAAAUAAGUGACACACAACUAAAGAUUUUUAGAAGAAUAUUUCAGCUCUGUAGGUCCUUACAAUGCAAAUGAAUGGUGACCAGAGCUUUGAAGGUCCAAAAGGCAGUAUAAAAGUAAUAUAUAAGACUAAAGUGGUUAAAUUAUGUCUUCUGAAGCAAUAUGAUAUGUAUGGUUGAGAAAAAAGUUCAAUAUUUAAGUCAUAUUUUUACCAUAAAUCUCCACUUCCACAUUCUUCAUCUUUUGUUUUUGGUGAUUAGCAUUCUUCAUGUAUAUCACCAUCUAAUGGGCAGGGAGGAGAAUUUAUCUUAAAAAAGGACUUAAAUAUCGAUCUGUAUCUCACUCACAUCUAUCAUAUCCCUUCAGCAUACAUGGAUUAAACAACAGGAGUCAUAUGGAUUACUUUUAUUCUGCUUUUUAUCCCUUUUGGAGCUUAAAUGUUUUGGUCACAUACACUUUCAUUGAAUGGACCAACCAAGCUGAGACAUUCUUCUAAAAAUGUAACAUUUGUGUUCAACAGAAUAAAACAAAGUCAUACACAUCUGGGAUGGCAUGAGGGUGAGUAAAUUGUGAGAGAAUUUUUACUACUAUCCUUUUAAGUAUCCAACAGUGUCUUAAUACUUUUUGGGCACAGAUUAGCAGCCAGAGUACUUGAUAAAUUCUAAAACACUAGAACUAGAAAGUAAAAUACCACAAAUGUAUAUUAACAGAUGAGAAAACUACAUAAUUGCCUCACAUUAAGGGUUUUUGUCAGUUGUUUAAAAAAAAUUAUAAUUAUACGUUUUUUGGUGUAUAAGUAGCUUUGAGGCCAAGCCGCUACUGUAUGUUCACUUUUUGUCUUGUCAUGAGGGCAGCAUUUCUUACAAAAAUUAUUUCCAGCAAUGUUUUGACUGCCUCAACAAUGAUAAGCAGUUGAGGCAGUCAAUAAACUGUUUUAGAAAAAAGGGAAUGACAGGUAAUCUAAAAGGUGGGACAGUUUCUUAUGAAGGUCAACAGCUGACAUCAGGGAUCAAAUCAAAACAAUAUAGUGAGGAAAAAAAUAGAAUAGUUUUUUUUUCAAAAAACAUCCUCAAAAGGUAUGUUUUGCUGGCUAAUGGAAAUCAUGUUUUAUUAGGGGGUGUUAUCUGCACAGCUGGGCUCCAGUCUAUGAAAGAUUAAUGAGUCUUUUGCUUGUGGGGUUGCCAACCAUAACCUGUAGUCUUUGCUCAAUGCUUAGCUCUCUCUACCGCAGCUGGCCAGCAAGAACAUACCGCCUGUCACCUCUUGCCAGUACAGGUGCUACACAAGAUGUGUGGGUCAGUGAACAGCUGGUGAGGGCCUCUUUAGUUUCCCUCAGUUGCUCAGUAAAGAGAGAGCCAGUGCACUAGGCAACUCUCUCAUUCAGGGUGCAAGAGAGUAGUUCUUGGGCAUUUACUUUUGUUUUUUCUUCAACAUAACACCUACAAAAGCUGAAUUGUGCCCUUUAGCAAGUAGUGAAACUGUUCUGUUAAGCAAAUCUGUGUUGCAUUGCCAAGUGUGGUUUAAUGUGCACACACAUGCAUCAAAUAGACAAGUAAUUUUGCUUUACCUAGACAAACAGAUGUGUGCCAUUUUAGCUCCAAAAAAAAAAGAAAAAAAAAAAAAAAAAAAGAUUUCUCGGAUGCCUGCUUACUUUAAAUCAUGAAGAGGUUACUUUGCCAAAUAAAUUUUUUUUUUUGGACUAAGGUCAUUCUAUUUGUGAAACUCAGCAGGGACACAGCCAACUUGCUUGCAUUUAGGUGAUUUGCACAGUUGCACCAAUGAAAAUGAGCUAUGACUCUUUCUGGCCUGUUCCCUGCAUACUGAUAUUGUUUUGCUUACUGCUGAUGCAUUUCCCUUUCCCUGCUUACCAGCAGUCGUUUACACAGGCACACAGGACAAACAAAUGGGGAUUAAAACAAUCCACAAAAUGUACAUACAUUUAGAUAUAUGGAGCAUCAUCUUGUGCUGGGUUUGGGCUGUGUGUUGGUGCUUUCUGGAUGCAAGGUGGUUUUAAAUGGUCAGACAAUCUGCAUCCCAAGGGUAGUAAUCCUUGAGUGUCAACUUUUGUUUCUCUAGGGGAUCUAAAAGCUGCAGUAUGAAGCAAAUGUGCCAAUGAAUGUGGUGCAAAAUUGUUAAAUUGUACUUCCUGCCAUCUAAAAUGAUUAAACCCCUUGUCAUCCCAGUGAUAGCCAUAACAAGAACUCACAACUCCAUAAUAGGAAAAUACAGGCCUAAAAAUAAUGUUUAGUCUAGAUAUCAAUGUACUGUUGAAAAUGAGUGUGUUUGUGUUCACGACAUGUAUAAUGAUAACAAAUUACUUUUACGGAUUAAAAUGGCCUUUGAAAUAUCUAUCUACCUUAUUCUUGAUGGACACGAAGGCCAUGAAACAGUCACCCAGAUAAAAAGGUAACAUUGAUAAAUUAUUGAUUUUUCAUCCAAAUCAUUAUUUUGGCUCAUAUUGACAGUUUAGAGUUAAAUGCACAGUGUUUAAAGUUUUCACAAUGUUUUACUGUAUUUUAAGUUGAAAAUUGGUUGAUGUGGCACUGGACAACCUUAAGACAGAGUGUAAAAGUGAUGUAGAAUCAACAUCAGAUUCUACUGUAGUUUCAAUGAUAUGAGAAAAAAUAACGUUACAGUGAGGCAUUUACAAUGGAAGUAAAUGGGGCCAUUUUAUGGAGGGUUUAAAGGCAUAAAUGUGAAUCUCAUAAUUUUCUAAAAACACAAAUUGUUCUGUUAAAAAAAAAAAAUAUUAUUUGAGCUGUAAAGUUUCUUAAAUCGUCCUUUUUGUGGCAGACUACUACACAGUAGUACGAUUACAGUGUUACGUCGUCAUGGAAAAAAAAGUUGUAAAAUUGGAUACAGCUUUACACAGAAAAGUUUAGCAAACAAAUUUAUCACAAUUCAAUUAUGUUAACAUGCUUUUUGCAUAUGUCUUGUGGCGAUUCUUUUGAAAAAGUAUUUUAACAUUUAUGGAUAGGUCCAUAAAUGUUAGGUCCACUUCCAUUGUGAGUGCCUCUAUAACCCAGAUUUUAUGUUUUGUUUUUUUAUUUACUUGUAUUCCAUGGAUGGUGCAAAUGUUAUAUAGAAACACAAUUUUUAUUAAAAUUGUGUCAUUAAUUCAGUAACAUUAACAUUGAUUAAUGCUUGCUGUCUGGGAUAAAAAGAAGAAGAAAAUGCCAUAUACUAUAUGUUUGUGUCAAGCCAGCAUUGCCACAUUUGCAGUCUAAGUUAAUUCAUAGAACAAACACUGUUGCUCUCUGGCCAGACAUAUAGUUAAUCGGAUGCUUAAUUUAGACAAUUAGAAGGAAAUGGGCUUGUAUCUGCUUCCUGAUUCUUCCAUUGGUCACUCCAGGCAUUGGCUAAAAAUCUGGUUCACCCCCACAAUGGAUCAACUUUGGGCAUUGUUACAUUGUUUAUGGAAAGAUCCCACCUGCAGCUGUUUCAGGAUGUUAUGGUCAACUUCUCAAACCAUGAGUUAUGUAUAUACUAAACUUGAUUUUUAUAUUUUCUUAGUAAGUAUGAGCUGUGAGUGGUGCUUGCUAGAUGAUGCAAGAGUGAUGCAGGUGAUUACUAAGGUGUUUAGAGUGCUUUUAGUGUAUUACUAUGCUGUUGCUUGUGUGUUGGUGGGUGGUUGCUCACAGAGUUAAGAGACAGGAAACAACUGUAAACAAAUGUAGUUACUCAAUAAGAUACUAAUUUAUGCAAUACAAAUGAUGUAUGUCAAACUUGUAAUACGCUUACCGCAUCUCAUUCCAAACCUUGUUGUUUUCUUUCUUCCGUGGUACGCAAAAGUUAUUUUCCUAUUAAAAUCAUUGUAAGGUGUAGGGUUGGCUUAGUUUAUUUUGCCAUCUUGCACCAUUAUUUCUACUUGUAAUGAGACCGGUUUGCUCACUUCUUCAAUAUUAAGCAAUGUCAUUUUUUUAAGCUAUUUUGUCAUGCACUAGGCAAAAAUCACAGGUUUGUUUACAAUAAAUACUAAUAGCACAACUAUCCACAACAAGCAGCUUGAUUUUGGGUAUCCUUAAUGUCUGAAGCACAAAUGUACCAUUGAGUUAUGCAUGUUAGGAGUUCAAAUUCCUAAAUUCAAUUUUUAUAAAUAGUAAUAAGUUUGCCUCAUCAAGCACCACUA